AUGGACGAAGAAACCUUGGUUGAUGAAAACUUCCCCCUAUUUUCCAAAAGGAAACCCACCCCUAAACCCUCCAAAAACUCCACCACCACCGCUCAAAACCCUAAUCCAGAGCAACCGCUCACAAGAACCACCAACCCCACUUCACCAUCUUCCACGUUCGCCGACCUCGGCCUCGCUGAAUGGGCAGUGCAGGCCUGCAAAGAGCUCGGAAUGCGACGGCCGACGCCGGUCCAGCACCACUGCAUACCCCGAAUCCUCGCCGGUGACGACGUGCUAGGGCUCGCCCAGACUGGGAGCGGCAAAACGGCGGCGUUUGCUCUGCCGAUACUCCACCGCCUAGCGGAGGACCCUUUUGGGGUUUUCGCGCUGGUGGUGACGCCCACGCGGGAGCUGGCGUAUCAGUUGGCCGAGCAGUUUCGGGCUCUCGGGUCGUGCUUGCAUCUGCGGUGUGCGGUGGUGGUGGGUGGGAUGGAUAUGAUCAAUCAGGCGCAGACUCUGAUGCAACGGCCGCAUGUGGUUAUUGCCACUCCGGGGAGGGUUAAGGUUCUUCUUGAGCAGAAUCCUGAUAUUCCUGCUGUUUUCGCCAGAACUAAGUUUCUGGUUUUGGAUGAAGCUGAUAGAGUUUUGGACGUGGGCUUUGAAGAGGAACUGAGAGUGGUGUUUCAGUGCUUGCCAAAAAAUCGGCAGACUUUAUUAUUUUCUGCGACAAUGACAAGUGACCUACAGACACUGCUUGAGCUUUCGUCAAAUAAGGCAUACUUCUAUGAGGCAUAUGAAGGCUUCAAGACAGUUGAAUCUCUUAAACAGCAGUAUAUUUUUGUCCCCAAAAAUGUGAAGGAUGUUUAUCUUUUGCACAUUUUAUCCAAAAUGGAAGAGAUGGGUAUUCGCUCUGCAAUUAUAUUUGUUUCCACCUGCAGGAGUUGUCACCUUCUAAGUUUAUUACUGGAAGAGCUUGAUCUGGAAGUCGCAGCGCUGCAUUCAUUCAAAUCCCAGUCUUUGAGGCUUGCUGCAGUACAUCGAUUCAAAUCUGGACAGGUUCCAAUAUUGCUUGCAACUGAUGUUGCAAGUCGUGGUUUGGACAUUCCUACGGUUGAUCUUGUUGUCAAUUAUGAUAUUCCAAGGUACCCAAGAGACUAUGUUCAUCGUGUGGGAAGAACCGCGAGAGCAGGUAGAGGAGGCCUGUCUUUGAGCAUUGUUACCCAGAAUGAUGUAGACCUCAUUCAUGAAAUAGAAGCUGUUCUUGGAAAGCAAUUGGACAAGUUUGACUGUAAAGAGAAAGAAGUACUUGAUAAUAUCACUAAGGUCUACAAAGCCAGACGUGUUGCAACAAUGAAGAUGAUGGAUGAUGGCUUUGAGGAGAAAGCAAAAGCACGAAAAGCACAAAAACUCAAGACAUUGGCAGAGAAAGGAUUAUUAAAGAAAAAGACCAGAAAGAGAAAAAGAGAAAAGGCAAGCAAAAUAGGAGAUUAAGAUUAUUUUUAUCCAUGGAGUGAGAAGAGGAGCUGCAUUUUACUGGCAGUUCACGGGAAAUCAGUCCAGUUAUGAGGUAAAGAAAAAGACCAGAAAGAGAAAUAGAGAAAAGGCAAGCAAAAUAGGAGAUUAAGAUUAUUUGUAUCCAUGGAGUGAGAAGAGGAGCUGCAUUUACUGGCAGUUCACGGGAAAUCAGUCCAGUUAUGAGGUUAUAAUUAAUGUCCUCAUCGAGAAGAGGCCAAUUUUGGUUGCCUUUUGUAGAAUAUCAUAUAUGUAAGCUCUGUUUAUAACUGGAAAAUUUUGAUUAAUCAAUACAGUUUAUCAGUCAUUAAUUUGAAUGCA